AUGGCUACCCCCAGUGUCCUUACCUUUGAUGCUGAGGGUCUUGCUGUUGACUUUGAGUUCCGGGUCGAUGACCUCCAGCAUUUCCUACAGUGCGAUAGGGCAGACGGACUCUCCCUGUUCGAUCUCACCUCUGGUGCCUCUCCUGCCCCACCUGCUACUGCUGACAGCACUGUUCGCUCACAGUGGGCCACACGCGGUGCUGCUGCCAGUCUUGCUGUGCGUCGCCACUUACCGACCGCUGAGCGUGCGCACUUUAGUCAGUACAAGAGUGCUAAGACCUUGGACCACUUCCUCUCAGUUUGCCCCACCACACUCACCGUUGAUCUCCUCGAGGAGCGCCUCCUGGCAGCAGAGAAGAGCAUAGUCGCUGUAGGAGCCUCUCGUGGUGACCCUCGUACCCCCGUCUUUGAGGGGUGUUCCCCCUCCCCCCUCUUGCACUCUGUUGCUUCUGCUGCUGCGGCCGACCUCGUUGGCUUCGAGUCGGUCGGCGCUGCGUCUGCCCCUAGCGGGAGACGCCGCACCGGCAAGGGCAAGGGGGGCAAGGGCGCUGGAGGGGCUGGCGGGGGUGGUGGAGGUGGCGGUGGAGGCAGUGGAGGGGGUGGGGGUGGUGGUGGGAGUGGUGGCGGGGGUGGAGGUGUCGGUGGCAGCAGUGGAGGCGGAGGAGGCGGCGGCGGUGGCGGUGGGAGCAGAGGCGGCGGAGGUGGCGGAGGCGGCGGCGGCAGCGGUGGAGCUGGUCGCGGCUCUGCGCAGAGGAGUGGUUCCGGUGGAUAA